GUGAUCCGGAGCUCGGAGAAGAGCCUCAGUUGCACGGGACCGCAAGAACGUCGCUGGAUCCCGGGAGGAACGGAAAGAGAAAGACGCUACCGUGGGACUGGAGUUGUGCUCAGGCUGAAAGAUGUUCUCCUCUGUGAAGGCCUAUGAGGGGCAGCAGUACUCCACCCUCAAGAGGCAGUGUCUACUGAGUGGACGUCUGUUCGAGGACCCCCUGUUCCCGGCCGUGGAUGACUCCCUCUUCUACCUGGGUAACAGGAUCGGCCGUGUGCACUGGAAAAGACCUGGGGAACUGUGUGAUGAUCCUCACUUGUUUGUGGAUGGGAUCAGUGCCCAUGACCUGCACCAAGGGCAGCUGGGAAACUGCUGGUUUGUGGCGGCCUGCACCAGCCUGGCUUCCCGAGAGUCACUGUGGCAGAAAGUUAUCCCAGACUGGAAGGAGCAGGAAUGGGAUCCAGAGAAGGCAGACUCUUAUGCAGGAAUAUUCCACUUCCGCUUCUGGCGGUUUGGGGAUUGGGUGGACGUGGUGAUCGAUGACCGUCUCCCCACAGUGGAUAACCAGCUGGUGUACUGCCAUUCAAAUGAUAGCAAUGAGUUCUGGAGUGCCCUUGUGGAAAAAGCCUAUGCCAAAGUUUAUGGCUGCUAUGAGGCCCUGGAUGGUGGAAACACAGCUGAUGCCCUGGUGGACUUUACUGGUGGUGUGUCAGAACCCAUGGACCUUCUGGAGGGCCUGUUUGCUCAGGAUGAAGUCGCCAGAAACCAGCUCUUUGAGAGAGUGCUCAAGGUCCAUAAUCGAGAUGGUCUUAUCAGCUGCUCUAUCAGGGCAACAACAAUAGAGGACAUGGAGGCAAGACUGGACUGUGGGUUAGUGAAAGGUCAUGCCUAUGCGGUGACCGAUGUCCGCAAGGUCCGUCUGGGACAUGGCCUCCUGGCGUAUUUCAAGUCAGAAAAGCUACACAUGAUUCGCAUGAGGAACCCCUGGGGUGAAAAGGAGUGGAGUGGGCCGUGGAGCGAUAGCUCAGAAGAGUGGAAGAAAGUGAGCAAGAGUGAAAGAGAGAAACUGGGCGUCACUGUUCAGGAUGAUGGAGAAUUUUGGAUGAACUUUGAGGAUUUCUGUCACUACUUCACUGACCUGAUCCUGUGUCGACUGAUAAACACAUCUUACUUGAGCAUCCAUAAGACCUGGGAAGAGGAGGUGAUGAGGGGAUCCUGGAUCCACAGAGAUGACCCACUCCGCAACCGCGCAGGAGGCUGCAUUAACCAUAAAACCACAUUUCUGCAAAACCCACAGUAUGUUUUUGAUGUGAGAAAAGUGGAAGAUGAGGUGCUGAUCUGCCUGCAGCAAAAGGAACGCAGAGCUACUCCAAAGGAGGGCAAAGGCGAGAACCUGGCCAUUGGAUUUGACAUCCAUAGGGUGGAGUUGAACAGGAAAUACAGAAUGCACUCGGCUCAGCAGAAGGUCGCAGGGUCAAUCUACAUCAACUCUCGCUGUGUCUUUCUGAGGAAAGAGUUAAAGGAGGGUCGUUAUGUCAUCAUCCCCACAACCUUUGACCCAGGACAAAAAGGAGAGUUCCUACUCCGAGUCUUCACUGAUGUGCCUUCAGACUGCAAAGAAUUAACUCUGGACGAGCCUCCACAGACAUGCUGGACUGGGAUGUGCGGUUACCCUCAGCUGGUCACCCAGGUGCAUGUGUUAAGUGCCGAAGGCCUGCAGGGCCAAGAUGCCAAUGGAGCCUCUGACCCAUAUGUGAUCAUCACCUGUGAGGGGGAGAAGGUUCGCUCCCCUGUGCACAAAGACACACGCUGCCCCAGUUUUGACGUUAAAGGAAUAUUCUACCGCAAAAAGCCAAAGGAAGGCAUUCACAUCGAGAUCUACAAUAAGAAUGUGAUUGUUGACACCUUCCUGGGUCAGGUGACCCUCUUUAGUGACCCUAACGACCGCCAAGAGCAGCACACGGUCUACCUUAAAGACAAGGGUAGUCGUCAAGACAACAACCUUCCAGGAACGCUGACUGUUCGCCUGAUCACCUGCACCACUUUAAACAACAUCUGAUCAUGCAUCCUUCCACUUCACUCUCUCAGCUUGUGUUCCUCGUCCACCCACAAUGCCUUUAGCCCACAUCAUUUUCUAGAGAUUUUUUAAAAAUGAACUGUUAGUUCAAAAUGUAAUUCUGUCACCAGAUCAUGUCAUUUCAAACCUUUUGCUGUUCUUUUUUCAGUGGAGCAAAGAGGCAUAAGUUUAAUAAAUCUUAUUGAUCACAUCCAUAAUGCCCUUAAAGUUAUAGUUCACCCAAAAAUGAACAUUCUGUCAUUAUUUACUGAAGCUGAUUAUACCUGGGGCUACUUUUUGAGCAAUUUUGUUGUUUCCCACUGAGAAUGGGUUAACAUUUUUAUCUGGAUAUCUUAGAUUGGUUGUGGGCCCUGUGUCUCUCCUGGUUGCCCACUGAUGGCAACAUUGUUCAAAAAGUUGCCCCGUGUAUCAUCAGCCUAAUCCUCAAGUUGUUCCAAACCCGUAUUAGGUACC